AUGCACGAUAAAACAAGCGACACGGCUUUUUUUUUCCCAAAGGGAGAAGCGAGGCCCCCAACAAUUCCUUGCACCAUCUGCGGGAGGCAAUUCGGCAGCAAGAGCAUAUCCAUCCAUAUUCCUCAGUGCUUGGAGAAAUGGAGGAGAGAGAACGAGGCUCUACCACAAAGCCUCAGGCAACCUGAACCCAAACCACCCGAACCGAUUCUCACGGAAUCAGGAGAGGUCGACGUCGAGGCAACUCAGGAACUGUUCUGGCAGGCUCACCUUCAGCAACUGGUGCCUUGUCCCCACUGUUCUAGGACUUUCUUCCCCGACAGACUGGAUAAACACGUCACCAGCUGCCUCUCCAAAUCGUGACCAUUCCAACUCAAUAUUUCUUGACGCUCUCAGAGAGAAACGGCAGGCAAGCACGGCUCAAGACUACCUCUCUUCCGACUGGAGUACAUUGAUGAAUCCGUACAAUAGAAACAAAGAGGCACAGAUGACUUUAGUUUUCGUGUGACCUGUGAUAUUCUUCUGUGUUUUCCAGAGAUGAAUGAAACACAGUGACGACC